GGUACACUGACAUCCCUCUAUAGGAGCGACCCCAAGACGUGGCUGUGAUGGGCCUUGCGUGUCGGUUGCCAGGUGACAAUAACUCAUUGGAAGAACUGUGGGACUUCCAAGCGAGCAAGUCCGACGCAUGCAGCGAGACACCGCCCGCACGAUGGGAAGCGUACCGUCGUCGCGAUGGUGCCAAUGCACGGAUAUUGGACAACGUGACUACGCGUGGAUACUUUGUUGACGGGAUGGAAACCUUCGACGCUGCGUUUUUCGGAAUAUCUCCGAAGGAAGCCGAACCACUAGAUCCACAGCAACGGAUGUCUCUGGGAGUGGCCUGGGAGGCGUUGGAGCAUGCGGGGAUUCCCCCGCAAAGCUUGGCGGGAUCCGACACGGCUGUAUUCAUGGGUGUCAAUACCGGGGACUUGGGAGAAAACGGGAGAAAAGGCUUCUCAGGGUCAACGGCAAGUCCGGGUAUGACUUCAAAUAUAGGCUAG